AAAUGCUGUCCUAUCUGUGGUAAAUACUUGCAACGAGACUUGACCAGACACUUGCGAAUCCACCAGGAGAUAGGCAGGUUCAAGUGUAUUUUUCCCAAGGAGUCCUGCUCCCACAAGACAGGAUAUUUUAACAGACCCUACGACUUCAAGAAGCAUUUGCUUCAUUGCCACUUCCAGUUCUUCGAUUACAAUGCCACCAAGUUGAUCAAGCUCUCUGAAAAGGAAGAACAGAUUGGCGUGUGUUUGUCUUGUGGCCUACGGUGCAAAGCUGGCUACUGGCUCAACAAACAUGUUCUCUGUGCUGACUGUCCAGAAAAAUGCCCCAUUUUA